CUGCCGUGUACACUGACAGCUGAUCAGGAGCAUGGAGGAGAGUGCUUGAAGGAGCCUGUUGAGGAGCGGAUGUGAGGGAGAACAGUAAAAAGCUUAGGGACCAGGAGAGGGCUUGAUAUAAAAGCUGACUGGGAUAAGUUGACGCUCAGAAGCUCUGCUCAUCUUAAAGCACACUUCCGACUGGCUGAGGCUGACAAAACACGAAGGAGCAGAAUGAGCAUGCGUAGAGCAGUGGCUGGUUGCUUGGUGCUGGUGUGCCUGGUGGCGCAACUGGCCGAGAGGACAGAGGGACACAUCACCUUCUUCAGCCCAAAGGAGAUGAUGCUGAUGAAGGAACGAGAAGGUAGAAAAGAUGUGGAGCCUCGAUCAGAGGAUGGUCAGUUCGAAGAGGUUACAGUCCAACAGCUUCUUCAGGUGGAACGUGGUGGAAAUCCUGGUAAAACAGUGGAGAUUGCCCUCCGUCUUUCACCCAAACAGCUGGAUCAUGUGGCUCCGGUGAUCGAGGAGAUCAUCCAUGAAAUAGUGGAUGAACGUCAGAAAGGUGUAAAUUUAUGAGUUAUGGAAGAUGUUGUGAGACACAUUUGUGAAAAGAAAAAGCUUCACAGCAGAACCCAAAACACUGUAUUUUCUCUUAUUAUCCAAAGAUUAGUAGACACAUACUAACAAGUGAUAGUGCUGUUAUUAAAAAACUCUUUAGUAACCAUACAUUCCUCUCACUAUGUCUGUCUUUGCAGCCAAAUAGCGAGACUCAAGGGGGCCGAUAGAUGCUGUUUAAAUUCUUCAAAAAGCACCCAAUGCUUAAAUGUUUUAUUGUUUUAAUGAAUCAGCAAAUAAAAGAGAUGUCAUGUACUGGA